CCUUGUCCAAGUUUGAACAGAAUUUGCGUUGCCUUGCUGCAAGCUGGAACACCCUCAAUACCUGUCGGUGGCAUCCAGUGGCACUAUUGUGGUAAAUAUGUUGCAAUUGCUUUUUAUCGAUUAUGAUUACGGGGGGCGUCCGGGCAUGGAUGCUUAACAGACCCAGCAGGAGUUACUAUUACUUUACACUACGACCUUUGGUACGCACCUAUCUCGGCCAUUUUGCAGUUCGGAAUUCAAACGGUGAGUCUUCCUAUUCACCUGUAUUCAAUUGACACACCGUGCACUUCUCAGGCCGACAUAUCUAUCCAUGGACACUUUUCGAGUCAGGAAAGCCCGGAUACUGUAGCUCGAAGUACUUAAACCGCUUCCGGUGCUUCAAAAUUCUCCGAAGCACUUGAUGUCUUCUACCAACACUGAUCCCAACGUCGCUUUCUACGGUUUCUCUCCUGUGGCCAGGGACCCUGAUGUGUUGUUCGACGGGCACCCGACUGCCAGUGGCGACAACCCAAAACAGGAUUUGUUCACGAUUGAAAAUUUCCCGCUCCCAGAUUCGUCGCUUGUGCGGGAUGUGAAGGCGUUUGUCAAGAACGAGCUAGAUGAACAGACGUUUAAUCAUAGUAACCGGGUCUACGUUUAUGGUGUGGCCCUCACUAAAACCCACUUCCCUCAUUGGUCAUACGACUACGAAACAUAUUACCUUGCCUGCCUUCUACAUGACAUCGGAACUGCCGAGAAGUAUCUUGCUACGACGAAGAUGUCUUUUGAGUUCAAGGGUGCAAUAGUCGCACGAGAACUCAUAUUUAGUCUUGGAGGCGUGGAGGACCAGGCGGAUAGCGUCUGCGACGCGAUCGUGCGACACCAGGAUAUCUUUGUCAAAGGAGGCAACAUAACAAUGAUCGGACAGAUCCUUCAGUUAUCUACCGUUCUCGGUAUGUCUAUCGUGUCCAUUCCACGACUGACUCUCGAUCACGCUUCCUCUUCCAGACAACACGGGAUGGUAAGUUCAUGCUACAUCUUUUCCCUCGAAAGUCGAAAAAAACUGCUGAUUUUACUAAAACUCACGCCCUCUCUUUCCAUUCAUUUAUUGGCUACCGGCAUCUGAUUCUCCGCCACUCUGUCGCCACAUCAUGCAUAGUCGAGCCAACCUCAUUCACCCACGACUGAUCGAGACAACAACAACAGCGUUCCCAAGGAAAGGCUGGUCUGGGCACUUUGCCCGCGUUAUUGAGAGGGAGGAGUCGCUGAAGCCUUGGUGCCACACUACGACUUUCGAGGUCCCGAAUUGGAGACCUGGUGUCCAAAGUAACUUCGCGACCGACGUACGGAAUAACGCGGUCAUGAAGCCGUUUGAUUAGUACAUACGCCAGUGAACCCGUCUCUGAAUUCUUGUAACCACUUCUGGUCGGUACCCUCAGAAAUCGGACUUGUUUUUUAAGAUCGGCGUUUUGACGAACAUAGGUGUUUUUUUUUCUGGAUUCAUUCGUAUGGAUACGAACAUCUCGACUCUUUGUAAAGCAAUGAUCGGGCUUGGAACGAGUUACCGUGGUACCCACAUUUCUAUUGGUUACCCACAUCCAAUAGAAAGUUACUUGCUUUGUCGACUA